CUGGUCGACGACAGACUAGUCGUGUCGACAAAUCGUACCUUUCGACGGAUCCCUCCACGCUCUGAUCGGAUGGCAACUGAUCUGCGUGACGCGAGACCAUCGUCUUCAUCACUGCUGCUAUCCACAGCAACUGGUCCACGGAGCACGCGUUUGCGAGCUCUACGACACAGCCCAGAAGUCUCAGCCACCGACUCCAGUUCCUCAACCAGUGAUUUCCCUCGAGUGGUAGAUGCGACCGAAUUCACACUAGAACAUGACAUACAUGACAUGACGAGAGGCACUUUUGAUCAUGAAACCUCUUGA